CUUAGAAAAAAAACUUUGAAUAUUUUCAAGUUUCAUAAUUUUUUCAUAUAAGUAAUAUAUGGAUAGAGUAAAGGAUUUGUCAUCAAAGAAAGCAGCAGUUAUAUUUACAAAGAGUUCAUGUUACAUGUUUCAUAGCAUCAAGCAACUAUUUUAUGAGAUUGGUGCAAGUUCAGCAGUAUAUGAACUAGACAAUGAUUCAAAUGGUAGAGAAAUGGAAUGGGCUUUGAGGGGUAAUUUUGGAUGUAACCCUUCAGUUCCAGCAGUGUUCAUAGGUGGAAAAUAUGUAGGAUCCUCAAAAGAUGUUAUAUCUCUUCAUGUUGAUGGUUCUCUUAAACAAUUACUUAUGGAUGCAAAGGCCAUUUGGUUUUAGUUAUAGUCAAAUUCAGAACUCUUUAUAGUAUUAUGCCAAAAGAGGUGUAUUAAGAGUUUUGAUAAUAUUUUGGAGACAAUGUUUAAUUAGGAUACACCUAGUUUUUCUUGAGUGUAAUCCUAUUUAAGUUUCAAUUAAAAGUUUGUAUAAAAAGUAAUCUUUUUGUUACUUGAUCUAAAAAGGCUAACUAUAUAUACAUGUCUAUUAAGAUCAUAACAUUUGGUCAUUAGGAAGGUCCAAUGUACGAGACUUACUGUGGGGGAGUCUAAAUAAGUAUAUGUAUAUCGUAUUAUUUUUGCAAGUAAAGAAGCUAUUUUUAAGAUUUGAAUUCGAGACUAGCCCGUCGUCACAAGGAAGCACAUCAACCAAUAAGAAUAAAUCACAUGAGUGGAUUUAAAUGCGGUACUCACAAGAAAAAACUUGUAGCAAAUUUUUGAAU